GAAUCUCAGUCCGGCAAUAGCAGCGGCAAAAUCAAAUCAAAUCAAAUACUAGUAAAUUUUUUUGAGGCAAAUCGUCACAGUGUAUCUUCUCGGUGUCUCUGUUAACGGCUGACGGAGUAGAAGAAAGCUUGAAGAUGGAGGAACAAUUGAAAAUGGGAGUUACCGAAGUUGAAGAAGACGAUGAACACGAUUCUAAAGAGAGUGUUCUGCAGAGAUAUUUUCUACAGGAAUGGAAGCUUGUUAAGUCACUCCUCGACGAUAUCAUUUCCAAUGGCCGUGUCUCUGAUAUCUCCUCUGUGCAUAAGAUCCGAUCUAUCAUGGACAAAUAUCAGGAGCAAGGUCAAUUACUGGAGCCUUACCUCGAGAGUAUGGUUUCACCCCUAAUGUCCAUUGUCCGUUCAAAAGCUGUCGAACGAGCUGCUGCCUCGGAAGAGAUUCUUGAAGUAAUUAAGCCUGUGUGUAUCAUAAUAUAUUCUCUGGUGACAGUCUGUGGCUACAAGGCUGUUGUCAAGUUCUUCCCUCAUCAGGUUUCUGACCUGGAACUUGCAGUAUCUCUCCUGGAGAAAUGCCAUAAUACACAAGCUGGAACAUCAUUACGACAAGAAAGUACUGGAGAGAUGGAGGCAAAGUGUGUGAUACUAUUGUGGCUCUACAUUCUUGUAUUGAUCCCUUUUGAUAUAGCUUCUAUGGAUACUAGUGCUGGGAAUAAUAACUAUGCUGGAGGUGAUGAGCCACCUCCACUUGUUCUAAAAAUUCUGGAAAUCUCUAAAGACUACCUUUCAAAUGCGGGUCCUAUGCGAACCAUAUCCGGUUUGCUGCUCUCAAGGCUUCUUACACGCCCAGAUAUGACAAAGGCUUUUACCAGCUUUGUGGACUGGACGCAUGAAGUUAUGUCAUGUAUGUCAAAUGAUGUAGUCAAUCACUUCCAGCUAUUGGGUGCAGUUGAAGCACUAGGUGCUAUGUUCAAGAAUGGAAGCCCGAAAGUGUUGGUUAGUGUGAUUCCUGGUGUUUGGAAUGACACAUCAGCUCUGAUGAAGUCCAACACUGCAGCGCGUAGUCCUUUACUUCGCAAGUAUCUUGUGAAGCUAACGCAAAGGAUUGGGAUGAUAUGUCUCCCUCCACGUCAUCAGUCAUGGCGAUAUGUGGGUAGAACCAGCACGCUUGGAGGGAAUAUUACUGCUGAUAGAAUUGAAACGAACCGAUACAAUAACUAUAGAAACAAUGAUCUAUCGAAUUUCUACCAAGAGCCGGACUGUCAUGAUGAAGAAGACAUGGAUGUCCCUGAUAUAGUAGAAGAGAUAAUUGAAUUACUGCUGUCAGGGCUGCGUGAUACGGAUACUGUUGUGCGUUGGUCUGCUGCAAAAGGUAUUGGUCGUGUUACUUCACGGUUAACUUACUUGCUUUCCGAUGAAAUCCUUUCAUCUGUCCUGGAGCUCUUUUCACCUAGCGAGGGCGAUGGUUCAUGGCAUGGUGGCUGUUUGGCGCUGGCUGAAUUGGCACGUAGAGGAUUGCUGUUACCUAUUAGUUUUCACAAAGUUAUUCCUGUCGUUAUAAAGGCAUUACAUUAUGACAUUCGAAGAGGUCCACAUAGCAUUGGAUCCCAUGUACGUGAUGCUGCUGCUUAUGUUUGUUGGGCAUUUGGCCGUGCAUAUUGCCAUGCAGAUAUGAAAAGCAUACUCCAACAGCUUGCUCCACACCUUCUCACUGUGGCCUGCUAUGACCGUGAGGUAAAUUGUAGAAGAGCAGCUGCUGCUGCUUUUCAAGAGAAUGUUGGACGACAAGGAAAUUAUCCUCACGGUAUCGAUAUAGUGAAUACAGCUGAUUACUUUGCACUUUCUUCACGUACAAACUCCUAUCUUCACGUUGCUGUCUGCAUUGCUCAAUAUGAUGGCUAUCUUUAUACUUUUGUUGAUGAGCUUCUGAACAACAAAAUCUGUCACUGGGAUAAGAGUUUGAGAGAGCUUGCUGCAAAUGCCCUUUCUUCUCUUGCUAAGUAUGAUCUUGGACAUUUUUCUAGUACCGUUGUGGGAAAAUUAUUGCCUUGCACAUUGUCUUCUGAUUUGUGCAUGCGUCAUGGUGCAACUUUAGCUAUUGGGGAGGUUAUAUUGGCUCUACAUGAACGUGAAUAUGUUCUUCUCCCAGAUCUGCAGAAUCAAGUUGCUGGUGUGGUUCUUGCAAUUGAGAAAGCACGACUAUAUCGUGGAAAGGGAGGAGAAAUAAUGCGUUCUGCUGUUUCCCGUUUCAUUGAAUGUAUUUCAUCAGCUCGGGUCCAAUUGACAGACAAAAUAAAACGGAGUCUGCUUGAUACGCUCCAUGAGAAUCUGAGACAUCCUAAUUCUCAGAUACAGGGUGCUGCUGUUGCAGCCUUAAAGAGCUUCAUUCCUGCUUACAUUGUGCCUUUGGAAAGUAAAGGCUUCAAUGCUAUUACAUUAAGAUACCUUGAGCAAUUGACUGAUCCUAAUGUGGCAGCUAGACGAGGAUCUGCACUUGCGCUUGGUGUUUUGCCAUUUAAGUUUCUAUGUGUAGGAUGGAAGGAUAUACUUCGUAAGCUUUGUGCUGCUUGUGAAAUUGAGGAUAACCCUGAAGAAAGAGAUGUUGAAUCACGGGUAAAUGCUGUCAAAGGACUUGUAUCUGUGUGUGAAAUUUUAACCAAGACACAAGAUCAUUCUCAUCUAUUAUCUGCAGAAGAAUGCAUAUCUCUGUAUGUUCUUAUAAAGAAUGAGGUUAUGCAGACUUUAUUUAAAGCUUUGGAUGAUUACUCUAAAGAUAACAGAGGUGAUGUUGGUUCUUGGGUUCGUGAGACUGCCUUAGAUGGCCUUGAGAGAUGCACAUAUAUUCUAUGCAAAAGAGGACUCAAGGGCUUCUCAAGCAAGUCAGAACAAAUGGAACUUGGAUCUGUUCCUCAGUUGGACGAGACAGAUGUUACAAACCAGAUGAAUUUUCUUUUUGAUGAAAAUAUGGCAACCCAUUUAGUUGGAAAUAUUGUUAAACAAGCAGUGGAGAAGAUGGAUAAAUUAAGAGAGUUAGCUGCAAAGGUUCUUCAAAGAAUUUUGCAUAAUAAAUCAAUUUCUGUACCAUUUAUUCCCCAUCGAGAGAGACUAGAGCAAAUAGUGCCUGACGAUGCAGAUCUGAAAUGGGGGGUACCUACUUUUUCAUAUCCUAGGUUUCUUCAGUUACUUGGUAUCAGUUGCUAUAGCAAAUAUGUGAUAUCGGGGUUGGUUAUUUCCAUUGGUGGCUUGCAAGAUUCAUUGAGAAAGCCAUCACUCAAUGCUUUGCUUGAAUUUCUUCAGUCAACUGAUGAAAAUGUAAAUGAUUCUAAAGAGUACAAUCUUUCCAAUGACAUUCUUUGGGUUCUUCAGAAAUACCAAAGGUGUGACAGAGUUGUGGAACCCACUUUGAAGACUAUUGAGAACCUAUUCAGCAAAAAGAUUUUCUUAAAUAUGGAGGCGCAGACUGCAGUGUUUUGUGUUGGAGUUUUAGAAGCUCUUAAUAUAGAGUUGAAAGGAUCAAAAGACUUCAGUAAGCUGUAUGCUGGAAUUGCAAUACUUGGAUAUAUUUCAUCAGUACCUGAACAGAUCAAUAUCCAGGCAUUCACUCAUUUACUAACUUUCCUCACCCAUCGAUUUCCAAAGGUUAGGAAGGCCGCUGCUGAACAAGUUUAUCUUGUGCUCCAACAAAAUGACGUUCUUGUGCCAGAAGACAAGCUAGAGAAAGCACUUGAGAUUAUCUCUGAAACUUGCUGGGACGGUGAUCUUGCUGAAGCUAAAGAGAAGCGUUUAGAGCUCUGUGCCACGUGCAACCUAGAUGGUGGAACAUUUUUGAAAGUAGAUGUUGGAACAUCCCGCAGAGUUGUUGAACAGGCACCUACCGGUGAUGAAAAUGCAGCAUACUCUUCACUUGUUGGAUCAGCUGGGUUUUAGUUCCUUGUCAGAUGCAUUUAAGAAUCAGAAUCUUGUGCUAUCACAGAGUUGGUUGCCACUGCUCCGGAUUCCACCCCACCCCUUUUUGGCUGUGUUGUUCUAAAUCACUUCCGGGGAACAAAGAGUUCUUCUAGGGUUGGUUUGUAACAUUAUUGCAAAUUGCUGAAAUGUUGUGUUUCACUAAUUAGGUAAUAUGGUGAUUGCCGUGUUUUCAAGUGCGGUGUAUUCCUACUCUGUCACACCCGAGUUUCGAAUGUACAAAUGAUUCAUUUGGAUUGUC